UAUAACUCCCCGAGAAACCCACCAUCUUUUCCCCUUCAUUCAUCCAAGAAAUCUCUCUGUCUCUCUCGGUCUCUCUCUCUCUCUCGAUCUCGAUCUCGAACACACUCACGCAGAGAGUCGGUAUGCUGGGAAUGGAGGAUUUGCUGUGUGAGCUGAGCGGAGAAGAAGGGAACGAGCAAGGACUACCGCCGGGUUUCAGGUUCCACCCCACUGACGAAGAGCUCAUCACCUUCUACUUGGCCUCCAAGGUCUUCAAUGGUGCUUUCUCCGGCCUCGACAUCGCCGAGGUCGACCUCAACCGAUGCGAGCCCUGGGAUCUCCCUGAGGUGGCAAAGAUGGGGGAGAGAGAGUGGUACUUCUUCAGCCUUCGGGACCGCAAGUACCCGACAGGGCUCCGGACGAACCGGGCCACCGGCGCCGGCUACUGGAAAGCCACGGGGAAGGACCGUGAGGUCCACAGCGCCGCCACCGGGGCGCUCCUCGGCAUGAAGAAGACGCUCGUCUUCUACAGAGGCCGAGCCCCCCGGGGUGAGAAGACCAAGUGGGUCAUGCACGAGUACCGCCUCGACGGCCACUUCUCCUGCCGUCACACGUGCAAGGAUGAAUGGGUCAUAUGCAGGAUAUUCCACAAGACAGUGGAGAAGAAGAGCUUGCUCUUCCAAGGCCAAAAUUACAUGCUCGAAGCUUGUUCACCCCCUAGCACCGGCUCUUUGCCUCAGCUUCCUGAAACCCAGAUCACAUCAACGCCGCCGCCAAAUCAUCUGCUCGAGCACCAAUCUCAGGCCAAUGGUUACCAGAACCAAAACCAAACCCAACCUUUUCUGAUUCACCAAAGAGACGCUGAUCUCAAAACCCUAAUGAACAACCCAUUUGUCCCACUGAUGCCUGAUCUCCAAGCGCCCUCGUUUGCACCCACUAUCACCGCCACCGCCCAUGACGACUUGUACAGCCACACAGACGCCAAGAGCAUCGUCGUCGCCCCAUCACUGGUCUCGCCGUCGUCGAUGCUCUUCAAGUCCGUCCUCCUCUCACAUCAAGACCUUUUCACAGCUGCUCCCAAUUUGAAGGAACACCAACGCCACACUGUGCUCGGCCAGUGCAAGACAGAGGACAACUUUUCCCAUUUCCAGCUAAGUGGUGUUGAUGAUGCCGAUGGCCUGCACAGUGUCGUGGACAAGAUUCACCACGUCCCGUUUCAUCAGAAUCACCAAAACCCCGUGCUUUUCGAGGUGGACGCUCGCGCCACAACUGCAUGUUCUGUUCCAAAUGAUAAUAAUGCACCUCAUGGGCACACUGUUCAUCAUGAUAUGUCCACGUCAACGUUGGCUUUCAACAGGGUCGGGUCGUCCUUUCAGAUGCUGGCGGAUCCUGCCAUCCGAGAAUCCUGGCCGUUGGAUCCUUGAGAGAGAGAUAGAGAGAGAGAGAGAGAGAGAGAGA